GUCAGCCACUGUCCAUUUUGCUCGUCAAAAAGGUACACAAAAAUUAAAAAACAAGAAAAAGACAAGGCAACGACUUGGCCAACUCUCACACGAGGUUUUUAACCCUCGCUUUGGUUUCCGAGGGUUUAUUACAAAAAAAAAAAACAACUCCUCAACUACCUGGCCACCCUUGUCUCCCUCUCAUUGUAAGAAUUCUGAGACAGUGUUGGGACGGGACUGUGUGUGUAUUUUUUCCCUUUUCCUUUGCCCCACAACAAUGGAGGGGCUGCAAGUACUGCAACUUCUGUUUGUUUUGUCAAUCUGUUUCAGUGUUUCUACCGGCGGAGCGUUAGAUCUGGCGUCCGACAGGGCGGCUCUGCUGGCGCUCCGUGGCGUCGUUAAAGGACGCUUGCUGCUCUGGAACAUCACCGACACGAAUCCGUGCUCGUGGACCGGCGUCACGUGCCAGAAGGAGCGGGUCACCGAGCUGCGCCUCCCCGGGACUGGCCUAGUGGGGCAGCUGCCUCUGGGGAUUGGGAACCUGACCCAACUCACCACGCUCUCGCUCCGCGCCAACGCGCUAUCCGGGCCCAUACCCGUUGACUUCGUCAACCUCGCUCUCCUCCAGAACCUGUUUUUGCAGAAUAAUUUAUUCUCCGGUGAAAUCCCGGGGUUCAUGUACGAUAUGCAGAGCCUGGAGCGGCUGAUUCUCGCUAACAAUAACUUUUCCGGGGACAUUUCGCCUCGGAUUAACAAUCUGACCAGGUUGGGUAUUCUGUUUCUGGAGAGUAACAAUCUCACUGGGUCGAUUCCUGAUAUUGAUAUCCGAACUCUGGUCCAGUUCAAUGUUUCUUUCAAUCGGUUAACUGGGCCGGUGCCGGAACAGCUUUCGACUCAGCCCGCCAGCGCUUUUGAAGGCAAUUCGCUUUGUGGAAACCCAUUGCCGGCCUGCCCUGGGAGUGGGAGUGGGAGUGGGAGCAAGAGCAAGAGCAAGAGCAAGUUGUCCGGUGGAGCGAUUGCCGGGAUUGUGAUCGGGUCGUUUGUUGGUUUCGCGCUCAUUGUGGUUGUUUUAAUCUUUUUGUGUCAGAGGAGGAGUGGUGGGAAAUCGGAUUCCAAGGAUUUGGCGGCGGCUAAGCGCGGCGAGGCUGAGAUUCCGAGGGAGAAGUCUUUGGUGGAGAGCGAGAGUACGAGUGCGAGUGCUGAGUAUUCGAAAGGGAGUGUGAGGGGGGGUGGAAGUAAGAGUUUGGUGUUCUUUGGGAAUGUCGGGACGAUGUUUGAUUUGGAGGAUUUGUUGAGAGCAUCCGCGGAGGUACUCGGGAAGGGGACGUUUGGAACGUCUUAUAAGGCCACUUUGGAGUCAGGGAUGGCUGUGGUGGUGAAGAGGUUGAAGGAAGUGACUGUGUCGGAGAAGGAAUUCAGGGAAAGGAUCGACGAGAUUGGGAGGACCGUUCAUGUCAAUUUGGUCCCACUAAGGGCGUAUUAUUACAGCAAGGAGGAGAGACUUCUUGUUUAUAAUUGCUUACCCUUGGGAAGCUUAUCUGCACUUUUGCAUGGAAGCAGAGGGUCUGUGAGGACUCCAUUGAAUUGGGAAACCAGGUCUGGCAUUGCUCUUGGAGCUGCCCACGCGAUUGCAUUCCUACACUCCCAUGGCCCGACAAUCUCCCAUGGUAACAUCAAGUCAUCAAACAUCCUCCUCACCGAAUCCUACGAAGCUCGUGUCUCGGACUUCGGCCUUGCCCGUCUUGCGCUCCCCACCUUUACUCCCAACCGCAUUGAUGGCUACCGUGCCCCAGAAGUCACAGACGCUCGCAAAGUAUCCCAAAAAGCAGAUGUUUACAGCUUUGGUGUACUAAUUCUGGAGUUGCUUACAGGGAAGCCUCCCACUCAUGCUUUGCUAAAUGAGGAUGGCGUAGACCUCCCCAGAUGGGUCCAGUCUGUUGUCCGAGAGGAGUGGACUUCUGAGGUGUUUGACAUUGAGCUUCUCAGGUACCAAAGUGUUGAGGAGGAGAUGGUUCAGCUCCUACAAAUAGCUCUUGAAUGUACAGCUCAGUACCCUGAUAAGCGUCCUUCAAUGGCAGAGGUGACAAGCCGAAUCGAGGAUCUCUGUCGAUCUAGCUCGCAGCGAGAACUAGACGCAGAUCGUGUUUUGUUUAGUGAUCAAGAUGAUCACGGGCUGUCACAGCCAUCUUCAGCACAGCUUUACUCGGUUGAAGGUGCACCGCCAUCUUCAGCAUAGUAUUAAAGAAGAAGAUCAGCAAUCUUCCAUCACACGAAAUUUAGUGCUUUAUUUGUUUGUUUAUUCGUGGGUUUUCUUGUACAAGAAUCAACUCCGCGUUGUCCCUUAUCUCUUCCUUGUUCUUUAAUCUCUUUGCCUUUACCCCAUUUGCAUAGUACGAGCUUUCUUUAUCCCCCUUCGUUUAUACAUUUCAUUUCUUGGGGGAAUUUCAAUCUUAUUAUUUUCAUCUGGUUUAGUGAGGAUUGUGAACAACUGUUACAUUGCUCUAUUUGGGUACAGUGCUGCAGUUAGAUUGAGAUGUUUGA